GCUCAGGUUUGGGCGCCUACUUUCUCGUCUCCAGCAGCCAGGUCAAGGGUUGGAAAUUCUUGACGACAGACGUGAGCUCUCGAAGGCGAAGGACAGCAUUUCCACGAAGAUAACAAGACAAAAUUAUAAGAAACCAUGAGCACGAAACCGUCGCCGCACACGCCCUUGAGAGCAGAUCUCCUCCUCGUUCGUCAAGAGAUCAUGAGUGGCAAUGGCAUAAACAUAAUUUACCCACUUGGACGCGAGCACGGCAUUUCGUAUCCAGGCCGUUUUCCAUCUUACGACGGAAUUGCAUUGAGUGUGUUUGGCUACAUAGUUUAUCCAGGAACAGUAUGCGAAUUCGGACUUAAAGGUAAAAGCGGCGGAUUUCUUCUUCUAAAGACUAAUUCUGAUGAAAAAGCAGUGGCCGUUGCAAGGGAGGACGGUUCAGAAAGCCUCUACUAUGGAGACGGAUCAGGCGGAUAUGGAUAUGGCCGUCAGUUUGUCUUCAGACUUCGAGCAGCUUACGACCGCGGCUUAGACAGACGUAGCGUUAAGGCCAUCUUAACCGGCAACGUCUACGAUGUUACCUAUAAUCAGCCAAUGAACAUUAGCGAACUCAGUAUACACGAGUACUUCGCCUCAAAUGGAUCUCACGUGUUCCUGUCUCUUCACGUAGGCGAUUUUCCUCCAGCAGAAUUUCCAACCCAAACAGGACUCGAUCCCAUUAUUGCCGGUGUGGUUACAAUGGAGGUAGGCUCCUACGCCGUAUACGAAGGAAUCUACUCGGGGUCAGAUGCAAUUGGCAUCAAGGCUCCAGGGGCAGUGCGCGACCUUGGCAAGCCACAGACGUCAGGCGUAACCGUAAGGAUCGGCGUCCGGAAAAACCUCACGAUGUACGUAUUUCUUCCGGAUUACGGAACAGCUCCGGUAGCAGCGCCAUUUUCGGAACUUGUGACGAGUGGCCAUUACUACAUUCCACGAUUCUCUCCAAAUUUCAACGUCAGACGCGUCCAAAUUGAAACAUAUUACUGACAAGCCCUUCGUGAGGCAUAACUCCGGGCCACUUAAUCGCCAAGCAAGAAGUUCCCUUAUAAACAGAUCCUUAAACACGUAAUUGCGCUUGCUGCAUAAUAAAAAUCAUAUUUCUUUUCAAUAAUACAGAUAA